ACGGUGGGAGUCGGCCAAUGGGAGCGUGCCAACGUGAUGACGUAGUGGAAGCGGAAGCAGAGCAGAACCGUGUGUUGUUGUUAGCUGUCGUUAGCUGUUGUUAGCUGUUGUGUGCGGCUCUGUCUCACGGAUCAGAUCGGUAAAUCAGAUCUAUUCCCGUGUGCACAGGGGAGCACCAUGGCCAAGUGGGGGAAGUUUCUCCUGAGAAAUGUACUCCGCCACACAGAUGCUCAUAACAAGAUCCAAGAGGAGAAGGAGAUGUGGAAGAUGAGGGGCAGCCAGACACAGACCCCGGGAGUGUCGACCAGAGAAGCACAAAGGGGGAACAUGCACUGUGAUCGAGUGUCCGACUGUCCCAAGUCCCGCCCCUCCGAGCAGGAUGACCGGGCGGCUCGCUACUGGUCCCGUAAACUGUACGAGUUUGAGGCCAAUGAUCCUGACAGGUGGGGACACAGCGGCUUUAAGGAGCUCUACCCGGAGGAGUUCUCCAGUGACAGCGAGGACGCAGACCGCAGGACGAAGAAGACCAAGAGAGAGCUGUCCGUCUCCAAGCGCUCCAAGAAGUCCAAAGAGAAGAAGAAAAAGAAGAAGAAAAAGAAAAAGGAGGAGGAGGACGACGAGAAGGAGGAGGAAGAGGGAAAGAGGAAGAAGGCGGACGUCUCCAGCAGCAGCGAGACUCAGUCCGCCAGGAGCAAAGAGAGGAGGAAAAGCGGUAAAAGCAAGCACCACAAAGGGAAGAGGAGGAGGAGGAGCAGGAGCAGGAGGAGAGACACCGGGGAGAGCAGCUCACAGGGGAUGGGCGAGGAGCUGGACAGGGAGAGACGCACCCGCUGCGGGAAGAAGAGGAAACACGACGCCAACAGAGACACGGACUCCGGGCCCGACGGCGCGAGGAAGAAGAGGGGGAGGGGCAGCGGGAGGAAGGACUGGAAGGAGCCGGCUGAGGGGAACUCGGACGACAGCUCCGCUGAUUGAAACGUUCUCGCUGUCACACACACACAGACACACACACUUGUGCACACAGACAUAAACUUGUGCAUACACACAUGCACACACACAGGUAUCUCCGGUAAUGACUAGAACAACGCUUGCAUUUGAUGUGUUGUUUGUCCCAUUAGCUCAAAGGGGGAGGCAGGACGCUGUGUGUGUGUGUGUGUGUGUGUGUGUGUGUGUGUGUGUGUGUGUGUGUGUGUGUGUGUGUGUGUGUGUGUGUACGUGUGUGUACGUGUGUACGUGUGUGUGUGUAACGUUACUCAGUAUGACAUCCACCAACCUGUGCUGUCGGCGCUGUCUGUGGAUGCUCCUGGUGGCGGCUGCUUGGCGCCUCCUCUCGGGAGACGAGCAGCCAAUCGGGCGGUGCAGACGGCGGGGGAACAGAGGGGAUGGACUGAGAGAUACGCCGUGGGCUAACUGAUGGAUGUCUGGAGCAGAUCUCCUUCCCGCUCAAAGCGUUUUGUAGCCAAUCGUGUUAUUAUAAGACCUCAUCAUGUCAGGGAUCUUGGGCUCGGGUUAAGAUUUAUGAUUUUUUUACAUUUCAUUACUUUUUAUGCAACAUGAUGGCGUUGUGAGGAAUAAACCUGUUUUUCUAGCUUUGUAAACGUGUUUCGUGAUUAAACCAUGCCAUGUAGGAUUUUAAGGAAACCGGA